GGCAGCCGCGAGCGCCCCCGGCGUCCCCUGCGCCGCCACCGGGGCCCGGCCCAGGAGGGGCCCGUUCCGUUCCGUCCCGGGGAGAUGGAACCGGUCCCCGGGCGGCGGUGGCAGAAGGUGCUGUACGAGCGGCAGCCCUUCCCCGAUAACUACGUGGACCAGCGGUUCCUGGAGGAGCUGCGGAAGAACGUGCGCGCCCGGCGGUACCGGUACCGGGCCGUGGUCUUCCAGUCGGGUGCGGUGGUGCAGCAGCUGUGCAGCGUCUGCGUCUUCGUCGUCACCUGGUGGUACAUGGACGCCGGGGUGCUGAGCCCGCAGGGGCUUUUCGGGGCGGCCCUGGUGUCCUCCCUGCUGGGCUACGUCCUCUUCGACGCCGUGGACGGGGGGGCCGGGCGGCGGCAGAGCGGGAGGACGCGCUGGGCAGACCUGAAGAGCACGCUGGUGUUCGGAGCCUUCACCUACGGCUUCUCGCCGGUGCUGAAGACGCUGACGGAGUCCAUCAGCACCGACACCAUCUACGCCAUGUCGGCCCUCAUGCUCCUGGGUCACCUCAUCUUCUUCGACUACGGGGCCAACGCUGCCAUCGUCUCCAGCACGCUGUCCCUCAACAUGGCCAUCUUCGCCUCGGUGUGCCUGGCCUCCCGCCUGCCUCGCUCCCUCCACGCCUUCGUCAUGGUCACCUUUGCCAUGCAGAUCUUCGCCCUCUGGCCCAUGCUGCAGAAGAAGCUGAAGGCUCUGACCCCCCGGUGCUACGUGGGGGUGACCGUGCUCUUCGCACUGGUGGCACUGGUGGGCUUGGCCUCGGUAUCCAGCGUGGGUGCCGUGCUCUUCGCGUCGCUGCUCCUCGCCGUCUCCUGCCUCUGCCCUUACUGCCUCAUCCGCCUCCAGCAGCUGAAAGACAACAUCCACGGGCCCUGGGAUGAGGCUGAAAUCAAGGAGGACCUCUCCAGGUUCCUCAUGUAGACCUGGCCUGGGGGGAUGUUCUGCUGUGCUAGGGGACAAGGCUGGGGGGACAGCACAAUAAAGGCUCUCGCACAGCAAGGAGGAGGAUCAGGUUUA